UACCAUUUUAAGCGGCCAUAUUAGGUGGCCAUUUUAGGGCGGCCAUUUUAGGCCGGGCCCUGCCGCUCGCACCGCAGCUGCUCCUCAACGUGUUGUGGCUGGCCGAAAAGGGCCCCCGGUGCCGCCCCUCCUCCCGGGCGGCAAACAGGGGAGCCCCCGCUACCCGUUUCUCUGCCAUCCCGGACUUCCACGGCCGCCGCCGGUGCAGCUCCCGGUGCAGCUCCCUCCCGGGGCUUCGCCUCACCGCCUGUUCCUCUUCUGUCCCGGCCUUCAACAGGUUCCAGGGCUUCGCCUCACCACCUGUUCCCCUCUCGACCCGGCCUCCAACAGGUGCAGGGGCAAAGCCAACGGCGGAACUCUCACUCUCCGGCCUGCCUCCCUCGCCGCCAUUCCUUCCCAAGGCAAUGGUUGGAACUCUCUCAGGACCUCGCGAGACUUCCACCAGGCAUCCAGACGCAUCCCCACAUCCCCACGCACUUCUCUACUCAGUUGGCCCUUCAUGAAGCCUCUCCUUCCCGUCUCUUUAAGCUCACACUUUCUGAUCUGUUGCAUUCUUCGUCACGAGGAAAUAAGGUCGAAACUUCAAAGACACCCUGUCAACGUCGCCGACGGAGCAAUUCAGUCAGUAUCUUCAGUGCAAACAGGCCUCAAUCCUCCCACUCACCUGCCACCCGCUUAUGACAUUUUGCUUCGAAACAGAGGACCACUUUAUUUUUUUUAAGAAGGAAGGACACACUUAAGGAAAGGAAUAAAGACAGACCGCGGCUGCUCUCCGAUUCAGGAGUCCCGAGGCAGCCUGCGAGCCCCACUUGGGUGGGCCCGAUCCCUCCCGCGCGAUGCCCAACCCAGCCGCUCACCUGCCCUUCUACUUUGGGAGCAUCUCCCGCUCGGACGCCGAGGAGCACCUCAAGCUGGCGGGGAUGUCCGACGGGCUCUUCCUCCUCCGCCAGUGCCUCCGGAACCUGGGGGGAUACGUCCUCUCCAUGGUGCACAAGAUCCAGUUCUACCACUACCCCAUCGAGCGCCAGAUGAACGGCACCUACGCCAUCGCAGGCGGGAAGGCACACUGUGGGCCCGAGGAGCUUUGCGAGUACUACUCCAAAGAUGCCGACGGCCUGUGCUGCACCCUCCGGAAGCCCUGUAACCGGCCCAGCGGGAUGGAGCCCCAGCCGGGAAUCUUUGACAGCAUCCGGGACAACAUGGUGCGAGCAUAUAUCCGGCAGACGUGGAACCUGGAGGGAGAAGCCCUCGAGCUGGCAAUCAUCAGCCAAGCCCCACAAGUGGAGAAGCUCCUGGCCACCACCGCCCAUGAGACGAUGCGUUGGUACCACGGCAUCAUCUCCCGGGAACAAGCCGAAAGCAGGCUCUAUUCGGGAACGCAGCCUGAUGGGAAAUUCCUGAUGAGAGAGAGGAAGGAGAAAGGAACUUAUGCCCUCUCCCUCGUCUAUGGGAAGACAGUUUAUCACUAUCGGAUCACGCAUGACAAGGCAGGAAAAUACUCGAUUGAAGAAGGAACCAAAUUUGAUACACUGUGGCAGCUGGUAGAAUAUCUUAAACUCAAGCCUGAUGGCCUAAUCUACUACCUGAAAGAGGACGCUCCAAAUCCGGACAUGUCAGCAGCCUCCGGCACACCGGUCCCACCAGCUCACCCCUCUGGAAAGGCACCAAGGAGACUCACCACCCAGAAUUCGGAUGGAUAUACGCCUGACCCCACAGGACUGGAGAACAAGAGCCGGAUUCUCCCGAUGGACACGUCCUGUUACGAGAGCCCUUACAGUGACCCGGAGGAGCUGAAAGACAAGAAGUUGUUUCUGAAGAGGAGCAACUUGAUAGUCGAUGAAGUUGAGCUGGGUGUAGGGAAUUUUGGCUGCGUCCGGAAAGGAGUUUACAAAAUGAGGAAGAAGCAGAUUGACGUGGCCAUCAAAAUGCUGAAAAGCGGGAACGAGAAGACGCAGCGGGACGACAUGAUGAAGGAGGCCCAGAUCAUGCACCAGCUUGACAACCCGUACAUCGUCCGCGUGAUCGGCGUCUGUGAGGCGGAGGCCCUGAUGCUGGUGAUGGAAAUGGCCUCUGGUGGACCACUCCACAAGUUCCUGUCUUCCAAGAGGGACGAAAUUCCUGUGAACAACGUGGUUGAGUUGAUGCACCAGGUGGCCAUCGGGAUGAAGUACCUGGAGGAGAAGAAUUUUGUCCACCGGGACUUAGCGGCACGGAACGUCCUGCUCGUCAACCAGCACUAUGCAAAAAUCAGCGAUUUUGGACUCUCCAAAGCGUUGGCUGCCGACGACAGCUACUACAUGGCCAAGACGACGGGGAAAUGGCCCCUGAAGUGGUACGCCCCGGAGUGCAUCCUCUUCCGCAAGUUCUCGAGCAAAAGCGAUGUCUGGAGUUAUGGCGUGACCAUGUGGGAAGCCUUCAGCUAUGGGCAGAAGCCCUACAAGAAAAUGAAGGGCCCUGACGUCAUGACGUUCCUCGAAAACGGCAAGCGGAUGGAGUGUCCCUCGCGGUGCCCUCCGGAGAUGUACAAGCUGAUGAAUCAAUGCUGGACUUUCAAGUGGGAAGACCGCCCGGAUUUUGUCACGGUGGAGACCCUCAUCCGCACCUAUUACUACAGCAUUGCUGCCAAGACGGAGGAAGGGGCGGGGCCGAGAGGCGCGGCCACCCCCACUUAGCCCCGGGCAACCAGCAGCAGUCAGAACCCCUCCGCCCCAUUGAAACCCAUGAACCAAUGACUUAUGGGGGGGCACGCUUCCUUUAUGGCUCUGGAUUACUUAUUUCUCUUUGGUCUCCCCGCAACCCCCAUCCUGGAGGCCUGUCGAUUGGAGAGGGCAGGGCUGCUUAUCUUGUGCUUAUUUUGUGUAUUUAUCCAACACCAGAAAUUUUAUUCAUAUGAAGUUGCUACCUACUGAGUCAGACCUUUGGGCCAUCUAAGUCAAUACUGCUGACACUGACUGGCAGCAGCUGCCCAGGGUUCCAUUCAGGGGUCUUUUGCAGUCCCGCCUGGAGAUGCUGACACGGACUAAAACCGGGACCUUCUUCAUGCAAAGCAAGGCCUCUACCACUGAAUUGUGGAUGCUCCUGAUGAGCACGUGAAGCUGCCACCUACUGAGUCUGACCCUUGGCCCAUCUAGUUCAGGAUUGUCUACUCUGGCUGGUAGUGUCCCUCCUGAAUGGAGUCUUUCCCAGCUCUACUUGGAAAUGCUGCUGGAGGUUGAACCCUAAACCUUCUGCCUGCAAAGCAGAUGCUCUACCGUCGGACUACACAUCUUCCAUUCCCUCUACCUUCUGCAUUUUCAGCCAGCAUAACCUGUAGACUUCCAAACAUGUAUUUAUAAGAUCUAGAAACUUGUUCUUUUUUAAAAAAUCAUUAAAAUUGAGCUUCCCAGCUAAUCAUUUCCCUUACCUUAUCAGGAAAAUGAAUGCAGAGGUCAAAAAAUAGCACACGCUGUGGCAUUUCUGCGCUCCAGAAUCAUAAAGUAAUAAUAAUUUUUUUCAAACUUUGUUAACCUCCCCGUAACAAAUUGUUCUCUGCCCAGAGUCCUUGCCCUGGUGGCCAUAGCCUAUGAAUCAAUCCUUCCCCUCGUGUUUUUCAUCAGCUUUUCCAGGGAUGACUCAGUAGUACUGAAUUUAAUUUUUCCUCCGGAAAUAACAACAGUGAGAAAGGAUGCAAUCAGCCUUGUUAAAAUAUUGUUUUGUUUUGCAGUGGGCGAGGCUUUAGAUUCUCACUUCAAGUGGACUUGUUCUCUCGCGCUCCUGAGAGCAGGAUUAGAAACCGCAGGCGGAAAUGACGCGGGAGCAGAGUCAGGCUAGACAUUAGGAUGAACUUCCCGACUGUAAGAGCUGUGGGUCAUUGGAACCGUCUGCCUCAUGUAAUGGCGGGCUCUCCGUUGCUGGAGGGUUCCAAACACAGCCUUGACGGCCACUGUCAGGGAUGCUGGACCAGAUUUAGCUGGGAUCACUAAGCCCCUCUCGCUUACAUUACUGCCAUGUGUGGCACACAUGGCCCUGCCUUUGAAAACGGUCCGGAAACUGAAGCUGGUACAAAAUAAAGCUGUGAGAUUAUUAACUGGGACUGGGCAUUUUGAGCACAGGACGCCAGUGCUUCGUCAGCUGCACUAGUUCCCAGUCUGUUUCCUGGCCCAAUUCAAGCUGCUGGUUUUAACUUUAAAGCCCUAAAUGGCUUGGAACCGGGUUACCUGAGAGAGUGCCUUGCCCCACAUGUCUCGACCCAGACCUUAAGAUCUUCUUCGGAGGCCUUCCUCUGAGUGCCCCUGUCAAACGAGGCAAGGCGGGUGGCUACUAGGGAGAGGGCCUUUUCGGUAGUUGCACCAGACCUUUUUGUUCACCCAGGCCUUUUAAAUUCCGGUUUUCAGAUUUGAUUUUUAACUAAUUUUGAAAUGGGGUUUUUAAACGUUUGUGUUGUAUUUUCUUUUAUCCCUUUGUGUCUGUUAUGGUUUAGUGUGUUAUGUGUUUUUAUUGUAUGUUUUUAAUCCUGUGCUGUGAGCCUCCCAGAUAAUUUGUUAUUGGGCGGCUAACAAAUAAAAUUUAUUAUUAUUUUUA